AUGUCCACUGGCUCUGUGAGCGACCCGGAGGAGUUGCCCGACAUGGAGCUGCGUGGGCUGCAACUGGCAUACCCAGCUCCAACAUCCUCCAAGCGGCAGCCUCGCCGGGGAGGCAGCAGCAGUGAGCUCUACCCAUCCGCGGACAACUCUUCUGCGGAAGAAGAGGAGGAUGAGGACGCCGAGGAGGAAACUUGCACCUUGGCGGCGGCCCGCGGGGCUAGCGGCAGCUGCAAAAGGAAACGGACUCGGGGAGCUGCGGGUGGCGGAGGAGGGUGCGGUAGCAGUGGCAGUGGAGGAGGUAGCAACUGCAGCAAGAAGUCUCUGCUGCCCAAGGGCUCAACAGCGGAGUGCAAGCAAUCGCAAAGAAACGCAGCCAACGCCAGAGAGAGGGCCAGGAUGCGAGUGCUGAGCAAAGCCUUUUCCAGGCUCAAGACCAGCCUGCCCUGGGUACCCCCUGACACCAAACUCUCCAAACUGGACACACUUAGACUGGCCUCCAGCUACAUAGCACAUCUCCGGCAGCUGCUGCAGGAAGACAGAUACGAGAAUGGUUACGUGCAUCCCGUGAAUCUGACGUGGCCAUUCGUGGUUUCAGGAAGACCAGAUGGAGACACCAAAGAUGUUUCAACAACCAACAGAUUAUGUGGAACUACAGCUUAA